GCGCCUUAGUUUAGUCGAAGGAAAUCGCGCGGCGGGUCAGCAGGAAUAAAAUUGUUCGACAGCAAAAAUACUACUCAGUUGAAAAAAACGGAACACAUUGAAGGAUAUAACCUAUUUUGGGAAAAUUUCCAGGACCCCGACAUCAUAAAUAAAUAAGACAAGGAAAUGGUUUUGCUUCAUUCAUAAACCAGAAACAGCCCGGAGGGAAGGGAAGGGUCGACGAUCAACGAAUAAUUAAACAGAUUCCUGAGGAACCCCAGGAACUUCUUGCAGCAUGUCAGAGGAGAAGGAUGGCAAUGUGGACAACGGUCAGGCGAUGGCCAAAUCAAAACAGCAACGCCAAAAGACUCCACCAGCCCGGCGGCGACAAAACGACAGCGAUGUGGUUGCCGGCGGUGUUGGAAUAACCGGCGGUGGAGUUGUCAUCCUUCCACAACAUGUGCUCAAUGAACUCUACCACAAUUACUCGAUUAAGCAGCGACGAAGCGGUCUCAAGUGGUUCCUCUUUGCUGCCGUUCUAUUUAACAUCUGGACUAUCGCAAUACCCUGGGAUCAGGCGGUGCCCACAAGAGUGGUCAACUGCUGCAUGCUUGUUGCAUAUUUAGCUUUAACAGCUCUUCUACACAUUGGACGACGAUCUGAGAAACCGGCAUUGAAGCGCUUCCAUCAGAUACUCCUAACGAUUGUGCCGCGAGCACUGUGGCUACUUAGUGUUCUUCACUUUUCUGCCUAUGUGAUUCUUCAGCCAAGCUUUUCUCCAAGGGACAUUCUUGGAUGGGCCAUCCUGUUAAACUUCCUAGUAUAUGUCACGCUGCCAUUGCCUCUGAUUUUUCUGGGCCUGUCAAUUGGAUGCUCGACGUAUUUUAUUUCUCUUACUCUGCCAGUGGGCUACUCCCGUUCGGAUCCCUUGCUCUCGAAUCAGUUGGCCGCCAAUGCGGUGUUAAUUGCCACUGCAGCUUUGAUUGGGCUCCUGUACUACUUUAUGGGGGAGGCGAAGCAGAAGCGAGCUUUCCUCGAAGCUAAAAAGAGUCUUGAGGUUAAAAUGGUAAUCGAGGAACAAUCAGCCGAACAGGAGCGAUUGCUGUUAUCCGUGCUGCCUAAGCACGUUGCCAUUAAAAUGAGGGAGGAUUUGGGAUCCUCCAGUUCGGAGGCAUUUAAGAAGAUCUAUAUGAGUCGUCACGAGAAUGUGAGCAUUCUAUAUGCGGAUAUUGUGGGCUUUACCGCCAUCUCCUCCACCUACAGCGCUCAAGAUUUGGUUAAAAUGCUUAACGAGCUUUUCGCACGCUUCGAUAGGCUCGCCGAGAAAUAUCAACAAUUGCGUAUUAAGAUUCUUGGCGAUUGCUAUUAUUGCAUUAGCGGUGCCCCCGACGAGCGACCGGAUCACGCCGUGAUGUGCGUGCACAUGGGACUAUCUAUGGUGAAGGCCAUCAAAUAUGUGCAGCAGAAGGCCAACUCACCUGUUGAUAUGCGGGUGGGCAUACACACGGGAGCAGUGUUAGCCGGCAUUCUCGGCCAGCGGCAGUGGCAAUUUGACGUUUACUCCAAGGACGUUGAGUUGGCUAAUAAAAUGGAAUCGAGCGGCAAGGCUGGACGCGUUCACAUUUCGGACAAAACGUUGGCCUUCCUCAACGGAGAAUUCGAGGUGGAGCCAGCCUUUGGGGAGAAGCGAGAGGAGCUGUUGCGCAUAGCUGGUCUAAAGACAUAUUUUAUCACAAAGGUGGUUAAGCCGUUCGCUUCACCAUGUGCCAAAAAAAUCAACGAAAUCCGAACAGAAAACUCUCGUAAUGGUUCUAUCAACGAUUUGGUAAACGAAGAAGAUGAUGACAACGAUGCCUCCUUGGAUGAUGAGGAGCUUCUAGCUCAAAAAGUCAUAGCCAACGGCCAACAAACAACUGUGGCAGAAGAUGAGGAGGAGCAAGUGAAACUGGAAAACUUUAAGCAACGAUUGAAAGACGAACUGGUAACACGUGAUGGACAUGAGAACCUUACAAAAGACACAAACAUUUUCCUGCGCUUCAAAAACCCGCAAUUGGAGCAGUGUUAUGCUGUCUACAGGGAACCCUACAGUUCACUUCCCCUCCUGGCUGCUCUUCUAGUACAGUGCAUAGAUGUAUUGUACUCAUACUUGGUGCUUCCUCGAUCCACCCUACACUUCAUCAACAUCGCGGCACCAUUGGUUCCGAUCGCCAUGCUAGUGGUGAUCAGUAUCGCCGAAAGUUUUAGCGGCAUGUUGCCCAAGUUCUUUGUGGAUGUGAGCAAGCGGUUCAAUGACAUCACAUUCGUCCGCGAGUUGGCUGCCAUUAUUAUAGCACUCACUAUUGGACUCAGCAAUGUCAUCGACAUGUUCUUUUUCGUAACUUUUGUUCGCACGGAGCAUAUAGUCAGUGAGAGCGAAUUCAAUGCUACGGGAGGCUUGGAGGGCGAGGUGGACGAUGACGACGGAGUGGUCACCGCAGAGCACCUGCUGCCCGAAUCGUUUGUGGAGCAAAUGCGCGAGGCAGUGCCCACGGAACGCAUCCUGUAUCCGUCCUACCUGAGUAAUUUUGGAAUACUUAUAUUGAUUGCGAUCGCUGUAAUUGCACAACUUACACAUCUUACAAAGAUACUUCUGUUGUUGUCCAUUGCCGCUCUGCAUUGCUACUUUAAUAUAUUCAUUAUGCAAGACUUUUAUGCUGUGGAGGAUGAUUUGGCACAUCAACCUAUAAUAUCUACACGAUUUUGCGCCUCAGGACUUUUGGUGGUAGCUGCCUUAGCGUUAAGCACUUUGGCCAGACAUAUGGAUCACGAGGAUCGGGUAAUUUUCAAAUGGAAAACCGAGGUGGCCGAGCAAAAAGAGACCGCCAAUGACAUGCGGCAGAGGAAUGAGGCUUUGGUCUACAAUGUGUUGCCCGUUCAUGUUGCGGAGCAUUUCAUGAAGAACACAAAACGCUCCCACGAUGAUUUAUACUCGCAGAGUUAUGCCGAGGUUGGAGUUUUGUUCGCCAGUAUGCCAAAUUUUUCGGAUUUCUAUUCGGAAGAGACCGUUAAUAAUCAGGGGCUGGAGUGUCUACGUUUUCUCAACGAGGUUAUUUCCGAUUUUGAUGCGUUGCUGGAGCUGCCACAGUUCCAAGAUAUCAUCAAAAUCAAGACGAUCGGUUCCACUUACAUGGGCGCCAGCGGCAUUAAUCUGCAGCGCAAUCUGCGAAGCGACGCUCCCAUCACCGAGCGCUGGUCCCACCUGGCUGUUUUGGUGGAGUUCGCAUUAGAACUGAAGCACGCCCUGCAGGGCAUCAACGAACAGUCCUUCAAUCAUUUCGUCCUCAAGAUGGGCAUUAACCAUGGCCCGAUAACGGCGGGCGUUAUUGGUGCCCGUAAGCCUCACUAUGACAUCUGGGGCAAUACGGUAAACGUAGCAUCCCGCAUGGAGAGCACUGGAAAAGCGGGCGCCAUUCAAGUCACUGAGGAGACAUGCAACAUUCUGCAGCAGUUUGGAUACACAUUUUUGCAACGUGGUUUGGUGGCUGUCAAAGGAAAGGGUCAACUGAUGACCUACUAUUUGCAGGGCAAAUCCCAGCCGAAUGCAGAGCCAGAGGGAGCACCACCCUCCAUUGAGUUGCAUGGACCUGAGGCAUUGGCUCUAGACUCCUCCACCGUCGAGCUGGAGUCCUCAGAUAUCAAGACGCCCCUACUAAAGAUUAAAGCCCAGGAGCAGUCAGCGGAGACUGAGGGGAUUGUUGUUCAAGAGUCAGAGACCUUGGGAAAUGGAAACGCUGGCCCAAUGGGUGGGGAAUCGCAGUCCUUGCUUUAAUAGUUUGCUAAGUUUCGUUUUAAAUUUUUUGCACUUGAGUCUGUAUGAGAGAGUGUGGACGUAAAAAAUAGUCUCAGCGUGAAAGCCUGCGUGACUGUGUUAGUGAGAACAAAAGUUAACUGUUAAAAAGCUAUUACUCUGGCUAAAUAUUUGUUUUUGCAUCAGUAUUCGUGUGAUAUUCUAUUUCCAGUGCAGCAACAUAAAUUAUAGAUACCUUAUAGAUUUGCUUUCAAAAAGUUUUGAAAACGGCGUACCUAAGAACAAGAAAUGUAUUUCACUUUUAAGUAGAUACAUUGGACAUUUUUAAUUACCGUAAGUCUGUUUUUGUUUCAACAAAAAUUGUUAUCUCAUUUUCAAGAACUGUAAUAUAUGUUUACUUUGAUUUAGUAUCUUAUCGAUGUGUAGUUGAACUAGAUCCACGUAAACCAUAUUUUGCAUCUCAAUGUGUAAGAUAUAAAUAUGCGCUUAAGCUACGGAAAAAACUUAUAAAUAUAGUACGUUAGGUCCUAAAACAUGGUAUAUUGAGAACGACAGUUAAGAGUCCGAAUCCCACCACAAAAAAAUGCAACCCACAAGUCAGUCCAAAAAGCAAGCAACACAAACGAAUUAUUAAUGAAUUAGUUAACGAAAAGAGCUAACAAAUAGAAACAGUCGAAAUGACUGGCAGAGAGAACAGAUGAAAAUCCUCGCCCUGCUUUCUUGGACGAUACUAACAAAUAUAUACACCCUCAUAUAUGUAUUUAGAUAUAAAUAAAUGUAAACUAAUUUAAAUAUUACAAUUACAUAGCAUUGCAUGCUCAUUAGAAUUUCAACGAAUUAGUAAAGAAACAACAAACGAAUCAACUUACUUACCAAGGAUAACGAAAUCAUAACAAGAAGUAGACAAUUAUUCGAUCAGUAAUCGGUUCCAAUGCGUUGGUCCAUCUCUCUCUCUUCCCUCCAUAAAUUUAUUUUCUUCCUUCCGAUGGCUAAAAGCGUGACAAUCAAGACGAGAAAAACGGCUUCAAUGAUUGGGUUUGCUUCGAGAAUGUCAAAUUUCUAUCCACUGGUUAACUACAACACAAAACAAACAACAUAAUUUAGGUACAAGUUUAUUUAAUAUAUUUAGGGAAACGCUUUAAAUUUUGUCGAUAUAUGUUGUGUUUUUAAGCUAUGGCCACAAGGAACGAAAUAUA